CUGUUCAUUUAUGGGAGCUCUGGUACCGCCCCAAAACGUUUCGACUUCUGCUGAGAGGAUUUGCUGUAUCCACUUUCACCCAUUAGGAAAAUAUGUUGGUGUUUUACACAGCAGCUCAAAAAAUAUUGAUGUUUACCUCAUUCGAAAUCUACAAGACAGCAGUAAGAAACGCCAACGCCGUCUACGACGCCGUCAUGAAAAAGAAAAGAGAAAGACUAACGAUGGAACGAGUAAGAGCGGACAGAAAAGAGGCAUCCUCGACGAUCCAAACUCUUCUUCUGACGAACAAGGCGACGGUGCUUUGCUGGAGUCCAGCAUUAUGGACCCUGAACUCAUGAAGGCGUCCGAUGAAUUUGAAUAUGUUACGACAGUGCAUGCAAGUCAGAAAGUGCGAGGUUUUGCAUUUCUCCGCAACAAAGAAAAAGGCGAACUGGCCCGUGUAGUUUGUGUGUUGUCGAGCAACGCUCUUGAGACGCAUAUGCUGGAACGAAAAAAGGGGAGCGAAAAUGUAAGCUUAGUACUUUCCAGCAAAGUUGCCACGCUAGAUAUGCACGGUCAUCCAUCAGGAAUUCGUGCUGUUGUCCUUUCUUCCGAUGACAACUUGGUCUGCACUAUCUCGAAAAGUGUCGCAAAGAUUUGGAAUGUGACCUCAAGGAAUGUUAUUCAAUCUGUUUCACCGACCAUUUUGUCGUCGAGGAAAGGGAAAAAAUUGUCAUGCUAUGGGUUAUGUGCUGCGUUUCUUCCUGGCAAUACGCAUAUUAUCGUCGGAACGAGGGAAGGCCACUUACUCAUUAUUGACAUCUCUGCUGGCGAUGUGGUUGAUUCGGAAGAAAACGCCCACGAUGGUGCGAUAUGGAGUCUUGACAUUCGUCGGCCGAACGCUUCGGAUACAUCCAUUGCGCUGGCUACUGGCUCGGCAGAUAAGACUGUAAAGUUCUGGGAAAUUGAGAGUGCAGCCGACGAUGAAGGGGGCAUUCCUAUAAUUGUACUCAGUCGCACCAUCAAGAUGACAGAUGAUGUUGUCGCGGUAAGAUACUCAAAUUUGAUAGAGCGUUCAAAGCGCAUGGUGUUUGUGUCGACGCUAGACUGUACCGUCAAAGUCUUUUUUGACGAUUCGCUCAAGUUAUUCUUGAAUUUAUACGGUCACAAGCUACCUGCGUUGGCUGUCGAUGCCAGCGAUGAUGACAUACUUCUGGCAACUUCGGGUGCAGACAAGACCAUCAAACUUUGGGGCUUAGACUUCGGGGACACCCAUCGGACGCUUCAUGGUCACGAAGACUCCAUUACCGACGUACGCUUUGUCACCCGAACUCACAACUUCUUUAGCACGAGCAAAGAUGGAACUGUCAGGUAUUGGGACGGAGAUCGGUUCCAACAGAUUCUUGUUUUGAAAGGACAUUGCGCCGAGGUCAACUGUUUGGCGUUGAGCAGAACUGGGGCUUUUGUGUUGACAGGAGCCAUGGAUCGCCAGGUGCGUGUGUGGGAGCGUACUAACGACAUUGUAUUUUUGGACGAAGAACGUGAAAGAGCGCUUGAGACGGCUUUUGAGAAAGUUAGUAGUCGUGACGAAGGAGGUACAGCUGGCAUUCUCGAUCGAAGGAGUGAUAUCGACGAUGAUGAAGGACAGCAUGAUGAGCCGCAAAGUGAGGCAGCUGUUAAGCAAAGCAUAAUGAGUGUAUCCGGAGGUGAUAGGAUAAUGGAUGGGUUAGAACAGGCAGACACUGAACUCGAAUCCUUCAGAAAAGGUCAAGAAUCUUGGGGAAAACGUUCUCCCAAUCCAAUGCUUCUAGGGCUCGAACCUGCGCAGUACGUUCUAUGGAUACUACGGUCGAUUAAGAAUUCUGAACUCGAACAGAGUUUGCUUGUAUUGUCUCUGAGUCACAUUGAACGCUUAUUUUUCUACUUGACAAAUUUGCUUCGAGACGGCCAAGGAGUUGAACUUUGCUCUCGAGUUGGCAUCUUUCUUAUCAAAACCCAUCAAAACCAACUCCUUGCAAGCCGCUCUCUUGCGACGCCCAUUUGCGAGGUUCGACGUCUUACUCGUCUGCGACUGUCAGAAGCCCGGGAUAUGGUUGGGUAUAAUCUGGCUGCUUUGAGAAUGAUUGCCAGAGUAUCAUCCAAUGGAAAGAAAUCAUUCUUACCUGACGACAGUCAAUCCCCCGAAGAUAUUUGGGCAGGACUUGGGCUUGGCAGUGAUGUUGCCGCUGCACUGAAAGGCCGGUCAAGGAAGAGAAAGGAUUGAAAGAUAUAGACAUUCUUUAGUUUUGCUUACAACUAACGUCUGUCCAAAAUUGUUUUCUCAGUUGUACUGCCAUAUGAGCCUCUUUUAUAGCUUUUUCCGAAAGGUUUUCGACAUCCUCUUUGGUAACAACCAGCCUUUCAUAGUCGUCGCCUUCAGAAAAUCCGUAGUCUUGGCUAUAGUCAAAAGACUCGUCUGUUUGGACGGGACACUGCGUUCCGCUGAAGAGACAUACGUGAUUUCCGGACGGCUCGUGAUUAUCGACAUGCUUCUCCCAGAUCUGCAGCUCAUUCUUGAAUUUGGAUUUCAUCUGAUUGUACCAGAGAACUUUUCGUUCUGUGGCCUUAAAUGAACGCUUUGUUUCCCAUUUGGUACCUAUGGAUCGAAUGUGUUCGUGAAGCGCUCUUCUCUCCGUAAUAGUGAGUCCAGACAGGCUCAAUGCUUCAAGAGUUGCGAAGUGCAUCUUCUCGAUGUCCCUCGGAUCAAGCCGUAGAAGUUGCAAAACACUCGUUCUCUUAAAUUUUCUGGCAAUAGACUUGGGCAAUAAUUUCCCACUCGGCGUCGGCAAAGUACAAAGUUCAGAUUCAGACAUGUUUCGAACAUUAACGGCCAUAUGCCGGCGAAUGCGAAUGAGUGCAUCUCUGUUCAGCUCUACGACGCUUUGUUCCCAUUCCAUUUCUUUCCUGUCUAAUGCAUGCUUGUAUUCAUCCGACGACGCGAGUGCUGCUGAGUACUUCUCCAAUUCUUGCUCGAGCUGGAAGUGUUCGGGGUGGUAGCAUCCAAGCUCGGUCAUAUGCCUCGAAAUUUCGACUAUUUUUGCUUCUGCGACGUCAUAUGGGAUAGUUUGAUCAGGAUCAGUAAUCCCGGCAUUGUUCAUAGCCUUUUCAAGCUUCAGUUUUCUUUGGAGGGCUUCCUCAGACUGGCGAACGAGUUGCCAUUUCAGGUUUUCGCGGUCUCGGAAGUCCUCCGCGCGAACGACUGAACUGCGAAAAGUGUUUAAGGCGCUGGGCAGGCCAUUGCUCUGCUUACUUAUGUGGCUGCCAGUAACCUUUUUUGAAACGGGUGCUUCGACCACUUUAUAGUCCAUUGAUUCUCCAACUGUACCCAAUUCUGAAAAGUUGUCACUGCGACCCGGUGCAGCCGACGUAUUCAGGAAGGCGCUAUCCUUUAUUGCGUUGGAAGCGUCAAUUGUCUUUGAAAUACCCUCACAGUCAACGAUGUCAUAUCGUUGGCUGUCCACUGUUCCGCCCUCCCUUCUC